AUGAGCUCCAGCAAACGUGCUUUUCAGAGGGCCGUGGUGUUAUUGAAAAGGAAGAGGGCUGCUGUUUCUGGGAACGCAGAAAUGAGUCGGCUUAUAAACGCUAGGCGGUUGAUGGACAUUACCUUUACAAAAGGAGAAGACCUUAGCGGGUUAGAGUUAUUUGCAUCAUACUUUAGAGGACAUGCCAUGUCAAAGGUUGUGACUGCCCUCCAAGAUGGUGUAAAGCUGAUGGAAUUAUUUGGAGGAUCAAGGAAAAAGAAAAUUUUCCUGUGGCCUACAAAUCCAGCCCUAACGAACCCCACUCCUCCACCAGCCCAAUUUAACCCCACCCUUCCACCAACCCAAACUAACCCCACCCCUCCACCAGCCCAACCUAACCCCACCAUUCCACUUUCCCAUCCUAACCCCAAUCCUCCACUAGUCCCAUCUAGCCCCACUCCUCCUGUAGCCCAACCUAACCCCACCCUGCCAUUUGCCCAACCUAACCCCACUCCUCAAUCAUCCCAACCCAGCUUUACUCCCCCACUAGCUCAACCCAACCCCGACCCCAACCCCAGCCCCACCCCUCCACUUGCCCAACCUAACCUCAACCUUCCAUCAACCCAAUCAAACCAGACCCUUUCAUCAGCCCAGUGCACUGUGUCAUCCACUUCAGAAAUUGAAGCUGGUGUCCUUCAAGAAGACCUCAGCUUAGUGGAAGCUGUUUGUCAAAACCAUGGAAAAGGGAAACAAAAAGUUAUGACAAAUGUUCUUUAUUAUGUCGAGAAUCAACGCAAGUACCUUCUGGGCAAAGAAACUGGCAAUAAAAACGUUUUGAACCCCAACCCAAACCCCAACCCUAGCCCCAACCCUAUCCCCAACCCUAUCCCCAACACUAACCCAAACCCCAACCCUAACCCUAAACCCAACCCUACCUCAAACUCUACGUCCAACCCUAACCCCAACCCUACUCCAAACAAUAACCCCAACCCUACUCCCAACAAUAACCCCAACCCUAACCCCAACCCUACUCCCAACAAUAACCCCAACCCUGACCUUAACCCUAGCCCCAGCCCUCCUCACACAAAUAACCCCAACCCUGACCCCAACCCUAGCCCCAACACUACAUCAAACUCUACGUCCAACCCUCACCCCAACCCUAACCCCAACUCUACUCCCAAAGAUAACCCCAACCCUACUCCCAACAAUUACCCCAACCCUACUCUCAACAAUAACCCCAACCCUAACCCCAACCCUCCUCCCAACAAUAACUCCAACCCUGACCACAACCCUAGCCCCAACCCUAACCCCAACACUACAUCAAACUCUGUCCAACCCUCACCCCAACCCUCAUCCCAACUCUACUCGAACAGUAACCCCAACCCUCGCCCCAACCCUACUCCCAACAACAACCCCAACCCUACUCCCAACAAUAACCCCAACCCCGACCCCAACCCUACUCCAAACAAUAACCCCAACCCUGACCCCAACCCUAGCCCCAAACCUUGCCACAACCCUAACCCAAACCCUAGCCCCAACCCUAACCCCAACUCUAACUCCAGCCCUAACCCAAACCAACACCCUACUCUCAACAAUAACCCAAACCCUAACCCUAAACCCUAA